AGUUGGAGAAUCUGAAGCAGCCGUAAAGAUGAACAUUCAGUUUGUUUAUUUGUCUGUUAAUUUCUGUUCUUCUACUUAAUCAACUUAUUUUUGUUAAUAAUGUUCCAUUUGGAAUUGAAACAUAACCUCAUCCGAUGAUUAUGUUUACCUGUUCUCUGAUUGUACAGUUGUAGAAGGAAUAAGAUUGUUUUUUUCUCUUUUUGUUUCAAUAUAUUUUUGUUUUUCUCUUGAUUUUGAUUUUCGGUUCACAACCAAAGUGAUGGUUUUGGGAAAGGUUUUCAAGGUUUGGCAUAAAGUUGAUUCGGUUUACUCGGUUCUUUUGGAGAAAAGGAAUGAUAAGAGUCAAGCUCUUCUCUUCGAAGCUGAGGUUAUCACCACUUUGACUGGAAGUGAAGCUGAUUCUGUUAAACAUUUGUAUACUUCACUUGAUGAUGCCUAUGGAUGCUUAGGUGUACUUCAAUUACCUCUGGGCGACAGUAGUCAUCUUUUGUACCUUGUUCUGGUCAACGCUUGUGUCUCUGUUGGUAAAAUCGCCAAAUCGGAAAUAUUUCGAAUCACUGAUACAACAUUCAUCUCACUUCGAAACAAUGCAUCAGACAUCGAUAAAAUCCAAGAGAUUAGGCGAGUCCUUAACUCGGGUACUUUUUACUUUUCAUGGACUGCACUGCAAGACGAAAAACCUUUUGACCUAACGUUAAACGCACAACGAAAAUUACGAACUAACGAAACGGAUAAUCGUUUCUUUUGGAAUCGAGUGUUUCAUCUACAUUUUAUCCGUUAUGGCGUCGAUUCAGAUAGAUGGUUAUUGAAAGCCGUUUGUGGAGGAAUAGCAAUCAGUACCGUUUAUGUUGGUCAUCAACAAGCUCGAGCCUGUCUUAUAUCUCGUUUAUCCUCCGAACGUGCUGGUACACGUUUCAAUGUUCGUGGUGUUGAUGAUGAUGGUUACGUGGCUAAUUUUGUCGAAACAGAACAGGCAAUUUACCUCGACUCAAGUGUAUCUUCUUACAUUCUUCUUCGAGGAUCAGUUCCAUUAUUCUGGGAACAGCCAGGUAUCAAUUUGGGCUCUCAUAAGAUCAAAAUGUCCAGAGGAAGUGAAAUUUCUCAGCCGGCAUAUGAUAGACACAUCGCUUGUCUCCGUAAGCGAUAUGGUAAAUCAACAUUUAUCAAUCUAAUGGGAAGUAAAGAGGGAGAAACCAUGUUAACCAAAAUGUUCAAAGCUCAUCAUAAAGCUUCUUGUUUAACCAAAGAGAUUCCGUUGAUCAACUUUGAUUAUCAUGCACAAUGUCCAAGAGGUCGUCAAGAUAAUCUGCAAAAGCAACUUGCUUUUGAAAUUCGUUCUCAAAUGAAAGAAUUCUCAUUCUUUUCAAUGGGUGAAGGGGUAGAGAAAAACUCACAGACCGGAUGUUUCAGAGUUAAUUGUGUAGAUUGCUUAGAUAGAACCAACAGUGUACAAACUUUUAUUGGUCUUGAGAUUCUCAAAAAGCAACUCACUGCUUUGAAUUUAACGGAUAAAACGACAAUCGCCUCUCGGUUUGAAGAAACUUUUAAAAAUAUGUGGAUUAUCAAUGGAGAUCAAAUAAGUCGUAUUUACGCUGGAACUGGAGCCCUUGAAGGCAAAUCAAAGAUCAAAGAUAGUACUCUUUCCGUCGCUCGAACGAUACAAAAUAAUCUUCUCGAUAGCAGUAAACAGGAAGCUUUCGAUGUCCUUUUACUUGGUAAAUCAAUGAACCACGAAACAGCUGACAAAGCUCGAUCUCUUCUUCCACAACAUUAUCUCCAUCUUCCAAACAAUAUCCUCAUUGCUCUCUGUGAUCGUUAUCUUGAAUUUACUAAACCAGUAUCAAUCAAAGUCGUCGUUGGUACUUGGAAUGUUAAUGGAGGAAAACAUUUCAAUAGUAUAAUUUACCGUCGUAGUGAUCCACUUUCCGAUUGGCUUAUUGAUUAUAAAAAGUCUAGAGCCUUUCACAAUAUAAUGGAUCUUUCUCUGGACGAUUCUCUUGGUGAGAUUUCUGAUGAAAAUGCUCCACCCGAUAUCUAUGCUAUCGGAUUUGAAGAAAUUGUCGAUCUCAAUGCAAGUAACAUUGUCGCUGCAAGUACAUCUAAUCAACGUGAAUGGCUCGUUGAACUCCAAAAAACCAUCUCACGGGACACUAAUUAUGUUCUAGUAACUAGUGAACAACUUGUUGGUGUUUGUUUAUUUAUUUUCGUUCGACCUCAACAUGCACCAUUUAUCAGAGAUGUUGCUGUCGAUAUCGUUAAAACUGGAUUAGGAGGUGCAACUGGUAACAAAGGUGGAGUUGCCAUUCGAAUGCUUUUCCAUAAUACUUCGAUAUGUUUUGUUUGUGCCCAUUUCGCUGCUGGUCAAUCUCAGGUCCAAGAUCGAAAUGCUGAUUAUGCAGAAAUUACUCGUAAACUUAGUUUCCCUUCAGGACGAACCCUUAAUUCUCAUGAUUUAAUCUUCUGGUGUGGAGAUUUCAAUUACCGAAUUGAUCUGGAUAAUGAGCGUGUCAAAGAUUAUGCUCGUUCACGUGAUUGGUCAAAUCUAAUGGCUAAUGAUCAACUGAAAGUACAACAAGCCAAAGGAAAAGUUUUCCGUAAUUACAUAGAGGGUGAAAUUAAUUUCCCGCCAACUUAUAAGUAUGACAUUGAAUCAGAUGAUUACGAUACAAGUGAAAAAUGUCGAGUGCCCGCUUAUACUGAUCGUAUACUCUUUAAAAAACGUUACGCUACUCGAUUGGGUGAAGACUCACAGAAUCUCAAUUAUGGUAACAUCAUUUUCUAUGGUCGAGCAGAGUUGAAGACCAGUGACCAUCGACCUGUUAUCGGUGAGUUUGGUAUCGACGUGUUAAGGCUCGAUGAUGUAGCAUUAGAGGAAAUAUUUUCCCGCCUCGUAGCAGAAUCGGGACCACAAGAUGCUUGUGUCUUAGUUAAGCAUAAGGCAGGUGCCUGGUUUAGUGAUACUUUGGUACCAUCGAUACUUAAACUACUUGCAGAUGAAGGAGGCGAAAUUGUUUUGGUUCGAAUGGGAGAAAAUCAUCUAACGGUACAUUUUCGUGAAAGUAUAUCAGCUCUUAAAGUAUCUAAAUCAUCAUCGAUUAUGUUAUUAGAUCCUAAUCUUUGGAUUGAACUUAAAACAACCAAUUGGAUGGACACUUAUCGCAAAGAAAUGAGUCUCGGCUUAAACAAUGUAGUAUCUUUAUGUGAAUCAUCACCUUCCUCACCUGAUAACGAGGAUUUCUCAUCAAUAGUUUCAGCGUCAAUGCUCACGACGAACACACUUUGCAUUGAAGAUGAUUUAUAUACUGUUGCUACUCCGUGUCAAACAAGUCCAACCGGUGAUGAUUCUGAUGAUAAACCUCCUCCGAUCCCUGGAAGAUCAACUCCAACUCACCCACCGUCGCGACCUCCCCCUCCUGCAAUCGCCAAAGGUCUUGGAGGGUCAAAUAGCAGUAGCACCAGUAGUUUAACAGGACCACCACCAAAACCGCCUCCACCCUCAGCAUCUUCGUCUUCAUCUUCAGGUCAAAAUUCCAAGACUAAACCUAUCCCAGUUCGACCUGCACCACCACCUCCAGGUGCUUUUCAACAAUUAACAUCGACUGAAAUAUCUAAUCGAUUAAUUGGAAAUCAAUCCUUCCCAACAGCAAACUCAGACGGCGGAGACACAGUUUUCAAUAUGCCACCACCUGAUAUGCCCGCUCCCGCUCCACCGCCAAUGUCUAAUGAUUUUAAUAAUUCACGAAGUUUUGGAUUCUCUGAUGAUGAUCUAGACGUUGACUAUGACCGAAAUGAACCUUCAUUACCACCUCCUUUACCACCCCCACGAGUGGACUCAUUUGAAACAGAUGAUAUCCUGGAUGAACCUGUGUCACCCUGGCAAACACUCCCACCGGCUCCUCCAUUGCCUCCCAUUGAAUCGGUUCUCGAUACACCACCACUCAUACCAGAAAGACCUAAAAACCUUCCCAACUUGGAAUCGAUGAACGAUCCUUGUCCGAUAAGUAAACCACCACCAAUCCCAGCCCGGACUAAGGCACCAACAACCUCCGCCGGUCCACCGAAACACCCACCGCCUACCAUUCCACCAAGAAGAGCACAGUAACAUUCAAACGACGAAAAAACACUCUUAUCAAAAUCCAAUGAUACAAAUAUCACUCUCUCAUUCCGUUUCUUUUAUGUUUAAUGCUCUGUGCAUCUUUUAGGCUAGUCAUUUGCCCUUCUCUCUCGUCGCAAUCAACAACAAUCAAGUAUCACGAUCAAUUAAACAGUUUUUGAUUUAGAUGUUGGGAUAAUGAUGAUGAAAGACGAUAAAUGUUGAAUUAAUAUAAUUUGUUUGAACGAUAACAAAAAAAUUUGUUAAAUAUAAAUUAAACUUUAGUCUCUACCAUCAUCAAUCAAAUUUAUUAGCUGAAAUCAAUGUAAAUUUAAUUUGGUCACUUUAAUUGUUAAACACAGUAAAAAAUCAAAUCAAAUUGCAAAUCAAAAACUGUAACGAAAACAACGACCAAAAUUAAUCAAAUGUAACAUCAAUGAGAAAAAAAUUCAACUAAUCAACUAAUCAAAAUCUAAUAGAAUGUGAUUAAAUUUUUUUUGCAAAAUGAAAA